GCGAUACGCACUGCCCGGAGGAGGGCGCGCGCAUGCGCGGCGCGGCUGGGGACGGUGGCGACAGCUGCUGCGGGAUUUGGGGCUGCCGGCUGUCGGGCGCCAUGUCGGGUCGGUCGGUGCGGGCCGAGACCCGCAGCCGCGCCAAGGAUGACAUAAAAAAAGUGAUGGCGGCCAUUGAACGCGUUCGCAAAUGGGAGAAGAAGUGGGUGACGGUGGGAGACACGUCCCUGCGGAUAUUCAAGUGGGUGCCCGUGGCUGACAGCAAAGAAAAAGAGAAAUCCAAGCCCAGCAGCCCUGCUGUCCGGGAGCCCAACGGAUUUCCAGCCCAAGCUGCGGCCAACUCUUCCCUCCUCCUGGAGUUCCAGGACGAGAACAGCAACCAGAGCUCCCUCUCGGACACUUACCAGCUGAAGGCGGACAGCAGCCCCACCUCCAGCCCCAGCCCCCAGCAGAGCGAGUCCAUGAGCCCCACCCACACCUCCGACUUUCGCGCCGAUGACUCGCAGCCCCCCAUGCUGGGACAGGAAGCCUUGGAAGAGCCUGCCCUGCCUCCCUCCGAAGUAGCUGAUGAGCCUCCGACCCUGACGAAGGAGGAACCCGUUCCUCUAGAAGCUGAGGCCCCCAGCGGGGAGGAGGACUCGGGCGCUCCUCCGCUCAAGAGAUUUUGCCUGGAGCAGAGCGCGGCCUGCAAGGCGGCCUCCACGAGCUAGCUAGGCUGCUCCCUUCCCAUGCCUUUUGCUGUCAUGGCCCCCCCAGAUACCGUGGGGGUCUUCUCCUCCCCUCUCCCUGCCCUGUGUACUGCCCCUCUGAGAGCCGACCCACCCUGCCAUCUGCAGAAUCCUCCCUUCAACCGCCUCAGGAGCCGGCUUGCCUCCCCUCCUGACCCUCCCACUCUGGCCGAGGCCGCUGGCUUUCUUUCUUUCUUUUCAUUGGCUCUCCUCUUCAUGGGCUCCCUUUGGGGCGGAGAAGACUGGGGCCUCGUGGCCCGCCCCUCCUGCUGCAGGGAGCGGAGGAGGAGGGGACGGGCCAGCAGGGAGCCAAACUGGGAUGCUGUGCAAUAGUUGCUGAGUGAAGCCAUCCGCACUGGAGGAGGGCACCAAGAGUUCUGCCCCCCUCCCCGGGGCUGGGGAGGGCAUUCUCUGAAGGGAAGCCCUCCGUGUGGGGAAAGGGCCUUCUCGGGUGGGGCUCGACAGGCCUUGCGGAAGGGGUCCCGCCCGGAGCAGCCCAUACCCUCCGGGGGUGGCCAGCUGGCCUUCUCGGGGCCCCCCAGUGCCGCCCCCUUCCCGCCCCUCCAUCACGAGCAGCAUGUGGAAUCAAGUCUGUGAUCAAGGCCCUGCUGCGGCGAGGAGGGCUUGGCUGUGCAGGGAAGCAGAGAGAUAUUUUAGCACUGAAGAGAAUAUUUUUAAAAUUAAACUAUUUGAAAUACA